AUGUCAUCUCCCGCGCCGGAUUUCAAGGCCUUCAACUUAGCGUUGAUUCAGCUAGGCCAGAUUGGUGCCGACAAAGCUGCCAACUUGAAGCAUGCAAAGGAAAUGAUACUGACCGCCGCUCGCGCAGGGGGUGCGAGCGAUAAGAAGCCUUCCCUCGUUGUCCUCCCAGAAUGCUUUAACUCACCGUAUGGACAUGUUCAUUUCCCCGUGUAUGCCGAAACGAUAGGAUUCAAGCCUGGGAAGACCUACGAUGUCCAGAAGAGCUCCAGCGAGAGUGUAAGGCUACUCUCAGAAGCAGCCAAGGAGGCUGGUAUAUGGUUGAUUGGCGGUUCUAUUCCUGAACGGGAUGCCGAGGACGGGAAGGUAUAUAACACUGCGACAGUGUACAACCCACAGGGGGACCUUGUCGCGAUCCACAGGAAAGUACACUUAUUUGACAUCGACAUUCCGGGCAAGAUCACAUUCAAGGAAAGCGAGACAUUGACGGGCGGCACAACCCUGAACUACUUUGAUACAGACUUUGCCCGGAUCGGUCUUGGAAUUUGCUACGAUGUCAGAUUCCCCGAGCUCGCGAUGAUCGCUGCUCGUAAAGGUUGUCAAGUCCUGAUAUAUCCAGGAGCCUUUAAUAUGACAACAGGCCCUCUUCACUGGGAACUUCUACAGCGAUCUCGGGCUGUUGACAAUCAAGUUUAUUUUUCAAUGUGCAGUCCAGCACGAGACUUGACGGCAGGAUAUCAUGCGUGGGGACACUCAAUGGUGAUCGACCCUUUUGGGGCCAAGCUCGGUGAGGCAGAAGAGGGGGAGACAAUCAUAUAUGCAAAAAUAGAUCCUAAACAGUUCAACGAAGCUCGGGCGGGCAUUCCUGUGACUACACAGCGGCGGUUUGACGUAUAUCCUGAUGUGGCCAAGUAG